ACUACAUAACCAGAUGAGGAGGAUCUAUGACCGACCGGCCACUCCUGUUUGGCUGUACAAAACGCUACAUGACGAAUGUCUUCACCUCUUCACUGAAGACUAGAUGUCGUAAGCGGCUAAUUCAGCUUAACUAGCCACAGCUGUUUCAACAACUGCCAAUGAGCUUCUUCUCACGAAAACACAAUCACACACACACACACUUUCAUCCAUGGGCAGCCUAGCCAAUGGCCCAUUUACGAUGAAGUAACGGUUGGACUGCCUUAACAUACAGAAAGACAGAUUUCAGACGAUGUAUUGCAGACAGUGCACAAUAUAUUUCAAUUUUAAGUGACUCACUGUAAAUUUAAAUGGUCCGCAUCCGGCCUUAUCGGGCCUGCUAUAGUUCAUAGGCCUUCUGAAUUGCCAUACCAAACAAAAACACACUUCCUGGCAAACCGAGAAAAAAGGCUUUAAAACAGUGAUGCAGAGGUGACGGCCCGCGGGCCGCAUCCGGCCCGCAUGGUCAUCACAUCCGGCCCAGUUACGUCAGUGGUUGGGAAGGUUUUUUUUUUUUAAAUAAAUAAUACUAUGUUACAAUAUCAACAAAGGCAAAUCUACUUUUGAUUUUUAGCCUUAAUGGUUUUAAUAAUGCUUAUUUUUUUAAAAGUAUGUUCCACAUAAUCCAACAUUUUCUCUUUCGCUCGUGCCGGUAUCUGUCGCAGCGCGUGCACUGACCAACGUACUAAGGAACAAGUUGCUCCCGCUCGAUAUCAGUCAGGAUGUUGUCUAAAAAGCGAAAGGUUGAUGCUGAAUGUCGCGUCUUUCAGGAGAGAUGGAAAGAAAAGUAUUUCUUUUGGGAAGUGGGGGGCAAGCCAGUGUGUUUAAUUUGUUCGCAACAAGUGGCUGUACCAAAGGAGUACAAUAUCAGACGACAUUACGAGAAGACCCAUCAGGAGAAAUACGACGAGUACACAGGGCAACGAAGGACGCAAAAGCUAAACGAGCUAGCCUCAUCCCUCCGAAAACAGCAAGCUGCUUUCUCGAAAUGCCGAGAGACAUAUGAAGGGGCAGUGAAGGCGAGCUAUGUCAUCGCAUGGGAGAUAGCUAAAACUUCCAAGCCUUUCUCCGAGGGGGAAUUCGUGAGGACGUGCAUGACAAAGGCAGCCGAGCUAGUGUGCCCAGAAAGUCGACAAGCUUUUGCGAACAUCAGCUUAUCCCGACCUACAGUGACCGAGAGAGUGGAAGAGCUCUCCAGCGACUUGCAUAGCCAACUGAAAGAGAAGAUAAAGUCCUUUGUCGCGUUCUCUAUUGCCCUUGAUGAGAGCACUGAUGUGACUGAUACAGCCCAGUUGGCGAUAUUUAUUCGCGGAGUGGAUGAGUUCCUGACUGUCACGGAGGAGUUUGUUUCCGUGGUACCCAUGACAGACACAACUACAGCUAACGACGUGUUUGUUAGCCUUGUCGGGGCCCUUGACAAGCUAGAGGUGGACUGGAGUCGCGCUGUCAGUGUGGCUACGGAUGGUGCGCCUUCCAUGGUAGGAAGAAAGGCCGGGGUGGUCGUGAAGUUGAGAGAAAAGGUGCGAGAGGCAAACCCAGACCAGGUAUUCUGGAACUUUCACUGUAUAUUGCACCAAGAGGCGUUGUGCUGCAAAAGUCUGAAAAUGGAGCAUGUUAUGAGUGUUGUUGUUGCCACUGUCAAUUUCAUCAGAGCCAAAGGGCUUAACCAUCGGCAAUUCGAUGCAUUUUUGUUUGAAAAUGACAUUCAUCAGGGCCUUCCCUAUCACACCGAUGUGCGUUGGUUGAGCAGAGGCGCAGUGCUCAAGCGGUUCUUCAAAUUACGCAGAGAGAUAGGCGAGUUCAUGCAGGGUAAAGGGAAGCCUGUGGGGGAAUUGGGCGACCCCGAAUGGAUAAGAGACCUUGCCUUUUUAGUGGACAUUACAGAACACUUAAACAUCUUGAAUGUUACUAUGCAAGGUCGCAACAAACUCGUUACCGAGUAUUAUGACAGUGUCCGUGCGUUUCAAAGUAAACUUGCGUUAUGGAAGGCACAGCUCAGCCAGCGCAAUGCAGCCCAUUUCCCAUGUUUGAAAUCUCUGCCUGUCAACCAUCUGAGCAUGGACAAGUAUGCACGCUUGCUUUCCGGCCUCAUACACGAGUUUGACAAUCGAUUCACGGUUUUCACUGAACUGGAAAAGGACUUUGCGCUUUUUCGCUCUCCAUUCACGACGGAUGCCUCCGAGGUCCCAGAGGGGAUGCAAAUGGAACUGAUAGACUUGCAGUGCUGUGCGCGGUUGAAAGAUACGUACGCAUCUACCGGAAUUGAAUCAUUCUACCAGUCCUUGCCACCCGAGUACCCAAUUAUCACUGCCUUUGCUGGUAAAAUACUCUGUAUGUUUGGUACAACAUAUUUAUGUGAGCAGGCAUUUUCUGUUAUGAAUGUUAAUAAAUCGAAAGUGCGCAAUCGCCUGACACAUGGACAUCUUAAUGAUGUCAUGAAAAUAGCCACUGCCCAGAGCCUGUCACCCGAUGUUGACAAGCUGGUGAAAACUAAAAGGCUUCUGGCUUCGACAUGUAAAAUGUAGCUGGCCUCCUUAUGUUUCAUAGUGCAGGGAAAUAAAGAUGGGGAGGAGAUAAAGGAGAUAGGUAUGUGGAAAUAUGUGUGGGGGUUGAUUGACAACGUUAAUGAACUAUCAAUUUUUUUGUUGUAAUGAUGAAAUAUUUUUUAUUGUGACUUUCCACCUACCUGUAAUAUUAAGUCAACUGGCCUGUUCACCUUGGUAUAUCUUUUGACUUCUUUAGGCCUACUUUGCUGGCCAUCUUUUUGAUUUGCCUAAUCAGGCCUGUGUAUCCAUAUGCAUUUAUGUGCAAGUUUUCAAUAAAUGUGAUCAAAGUAAUUUACAUUUCACUUGUGUUAUUUAUGUGACAUAGUCCAUUUUGAUGUUUUUAAAAUAUUUUAAAUGUAAGUUACUGGCAUGCAUAGGCUGAUGUGACACAAUUUAAGAGGGUAAAUUGCUUUUGACUGCCAUAUAAUUGUAUGCUUCAUUGCAAGGCUAUUGUGUAUUGCAAUUCCUUUUUAAUCUAUAGCAGGCCUUCAUAAAUGAUAUAUAAAAUAGCAUGUCUAUUUAUUUAGUGUUUGGUGUUGCCAGGCCAAAAAUAUACCGGUAAUAUGGCCCCCGAGGUCCCACUUGAAAACUAUCUGGCCCCCUGACUGAUUUCACCCUGGCAUCCCUGCUUUAAAGGUUUCUUUCUGACCAGACAACUGUGUAUUGUAGGCAAAGUGGUGGUGACACUUAUAUGUAAUACGUUUUUAGGAUGAAAAUGUUAUGCACACAAAAAAAGGGGGGAAAAAAACAACAUUCAUAUGACUGCGUUCUUGCUGGUAUUACCGUCUGUUCCUGAACCACUGCUUCAAUGAUAAGUGCAGUAAUUACAUGUCACUCACAUUUUAAAUCAAAAGAUAUAACCUCUUCAAACCAUAGAACUUGGGACCCCCUCGAAAACGGUAAUUUUUUUUGCAUUUCAGACUUUGUAUUUGGGGCUUUGAAGUAUUGCAACAUGGCAAAUCCACCACAUCCAAUAUUUGCUGACACUAAAGAACAGCUUUGAUUUGUUAAUAGUCACACUCACAUUCCUUCGUUUGGGGUCUAAAAAAAUAGGAUUAAGAAGAUUAAGAUUAAGAAUUAGAAUUAGUUUCUGUGCAAGAGACGGCCUUCUCACAGAAAAGUAGGCCUAUGAUUGCAUAAGCAAAAGUUCACAACUGUCACAGGAUAUGCAUGUGUGGAAAUUCAUAUAUAGUUCUGUAGUCAGCUGGGCUCAUCGACGGGCCUAUUCACUCUGUGCUGAAAAUGCUCAACUACAUCAUGACAACAUUAAUGUGACGUUACAGAGAGCCUUCCCUGACACAUUAAGACUUGGUCCUUACAAUUUUGGGGACAAUAAUGUUAUAAGUUAUCACACUCUCUGUGAAAUUAAAACUUUGAUUUCAAAUGAUAAUGGCACACUAAAGGGAUUUUUUUUCAAUUUGUAAUUUGAACGUCAGACAAUAGAACAAUGUGCUGCAUAGUUGAAGAGUUCAGCACCCCAUGGUUUCCGUACAAUAAGUGGAGGCUAAGCAGGGUGGCGGGACAGGCAGACAAGGGGGGCUGUCUGAGGCAGGGCUAUCUAUGGCGAGAGAGAGAGAGAGAGA